ACGCUAGUCUCACAGCCCAUCAGUUCUGUUCCCGGAGCGGCUCCGGGUUGUUAGGUCCCUAGCAGCCAAUAAUGGCUAAUAACUCCCAGUGCCUGGAUGAUAUGCCCAUGGGAGGGCGCUGGCCGGAGGGCCCCCCGGAUCACUAUAACGAGGCUCACCGACUGGCGGUGGAGGAAUUAGUAUCCGGGGGCCCGGAAGCCAUGCGGGGAUUUCUGAAGCGGGAGCGGCUGCCGAACUUCUUGUCGGAGCCGGAGGUGGGGGAGAUCCUGGGCUGCGCCUCGGUGCUUCCGUGCGGGGAUGAGGAGAACUCCGUGUCCGCCUCGGUGGAUUGCUCGUCCGUCACUUACUUCCCCGAUCGCUCGGACGUGGAGCCGCCUAUCCUGGAGCUGGGCUGGCCGGCCUUCAGCACCGGCUCGUACCGCGGCGUCACACGGGUGGAUGUGCACUUCCAGCCCAGCUUCGGGGACACCAUCUAUACCUGCAAGGAGGCGGCCCGGGAGCUCAUCAAAUCGGCCCGAGAGGUCAUUGCUUUGGUCAUGGACAACUUUACUGAUAAUGACAUAUUCAGGGAUAUCCACGAGGCUUGCCGGAAACGUAGGGUCCCUGUCUACAUUCUGCUGGACCAGACGCAAGUUUCUCACUUCCUUACUAUGUGUUACAAUCUGGGGAUUUCCAUUGAAACCGAGCAGCACAUGAGAGUCCGAACAUUAACUGGGAACAAUUAUUACACGCGCUCGGGUACCAAGAUCGUUGGGAAGGUUCGGGAGAAGUUUCUGCUGGUGGAUGGAAUCAAAGUGGCAACAGGGAAUUACAGCUUCACCUGGACUGAUGGAAAGCUGAACAGCAGUAACAUACUUGUAUUGUCUGGACAAGUAGUUGAGAAGUUUGACCUGCAGUUCAGGAUUCUUUAUGCCCAGUCCAACCCAAUCAGUGCCAAGCUUCUGUCAGCUAUAAGAUCCCAUACUGUUGGCCUAGACAAGCUUCCCUGCAAGAUGCCUGCCUACAAGAAACCUACAUUGAGCAGCCUUCUGCGGAUGGAUCUGGCCAAACUCUCAAGCACCCCGAAAAGACAACUGGAUGAAUGUGCCGCCAAAUACAACCGAGAUGUUGUAGACAAAGCUGUAGAGGAUGAGUGGCUCCAGAACUGUGACAUCAUCUCCGGGCUCAAGGAGAUGCGGACGGUGGAAGUUCAGACAGAGCCGUGGGAGGGGAAGAAUGAAGUAAGAAUGGCAGAUGUUGGCAUACAGACUUCUGUAUCUGCUACAAAUGCUGGCACGCAGACCUCUGUACUAUCAAAAAUGGCUUCCACCCAAACCAUAAUGGUUUCAAGAUCAAUUACUACUCAAACAACCGAUCCGUCACAAUCUGCAACCCAGGCACCAGCAAUUGCAUCUACCACGGGCAGGCUCUCCAACUCCUCUGACUCUUCCUCGUCCUCUUUUUCUUCUGCUUCAACAACCAGCACCGACUCAAACUGUUCCAUAAAGUCAUCUGACUUUAAUGCCGCGGCCUUUUAUCAACCCAACUAUCAUCUGAGAGACAGCUUCAAGAAAUUGUCCAAGGACAGACAGUACCACUACUCCACUAUCCGUUCCAAGCUCAACCACAUGGUGUCCAUACUGUCUAACCGCAACCGCGUACCUAAUGCUUACAUGGCCAAUGAUGCCCCAUGUUAUGGACUACAGAGGAGAGAUUUUGUGCACAGCAGCCUCCUCAAUCUUCGAGAUGGGGUGCGCUUUUAUCCCAACAUGUGACUGGGCUUGGAUUCCAGGUCUAAAAUGUUCUUUUAAGCCUUUUCAGUGUGUCCUUUAUGUGCUAUACUACCGCUUUAUAUCACUUUGAAGCACUUUAGUUCUUUCCAGUGCCUUAAAAUGAGAGGCAUGCUGUACUCUCCAACAUUCGGGCAACAGAAUAUUUUUGACUAAACCGCUUUACAGUAAAAGAUGUUUCUAGUGUUCUUACCAUCUCCCCCUGUCCCUUGAGGGGAGAAGCCUAGCCUUAGGCAUUAAAAGAAAUGACAAGUUAGGAAUCGUUUGGAUAAGAGCAACAAGUUCAGACUCCUUUUCUAUUGUAGGCGGAGGAGAAGGAGAUUUCAUGUCACCUGCCGUUUGAAACCCCUCAGGGUGGUUGCUUUGAGUUCAUCAGAAACAAAAUAAAUGUGCACUUUCCCUUGCUCUGUUAUCAGACCAGUGCCUUGCAUAAAAUGACCCAAUGACUGCCAUGUUUACUGUGCUUUUAGUCCGUUCCCCAUGCACUACUACACGCCCACAGUGACUACCCAGCUGCUUGUAUGUACAGUAAUUAUGGAGGCCAGCUCUGUCAUUUUUUUGCAAAUUAGUAGCCCUUUGGCCUGUGGAAGAGACUAAAAUAACUGCCAUCCUGAAUGGCAUUUUAUUGGUCCUGCUGUGUUCUUUUUAUUGUUUCCCUGAGGACCAUCUCAAUGUGACCCACCUAAUAUGAGUAUAUGGGUAAAUAUUUAAUUCGGAGGCAGUCUAAUGAGUAAGUAGAACUUUACACCUUAAGGGUAAUCAUACUUGGCUGGGAACAGGAAUGGUCUCAUGUUUUAAAGGCAACAAAGCCAGUUUUUUUAACUAGUUUAAAUGCACUGUUUGCACAAUGCAAAUGUUCAACACACAACCCACACUGCUACUGGCAAAAAUAACAAGAAAAAUAAUAUAAUUUGCACAUCUGUAUACUGAUAUUGCACAUACCCGGAGCACCCUGUACACCUGUGAGAGGACCAGCAGUUCAUGCACCUUCUAUUUCUUUUGUUUCCUAUGAUAAAUUUACCUGUGUUGCUAUAUUUGUAUCAUCACUAGGUGUGUAUAUAGGCCCUGUGCCUAAACCUAGCACACCUUCACCAGACUAAAGGACAUGUGUGCAUGGGUAUAGUCUUACAGAAUGACUGAAAAAGACACAAACACAAAAAUAUAUAUAUAAUAAAUAUUUAUAAGCCUGCAUUGUAGGAAUGUUUGCAGUAAUACUAAUACUUCUUUUUUGCAACUGAGAUAGAUUAACCCUUUCCCCGAGUAUUUACUAUGUGUUAUAACCCUGGCAUCCGAUUUUAUUUGACUUUCAUCAAAGAAAUAUUUGUUUUUGAGUCCAUUGCUGCACCUUCUGAAAACAAAAGACUGGGUUGGAAACACAGCGGAAUAAUCUGGAGAAAGAAUGCCCUUGGUGUCUCUAAGAGAAGGAGAUUACAUAUCCCACACACACCCCUUGGUAUCACUUAUAUCAGAGAUAAAUAUGUAAUUUCUAUAUGGGAUGUACAUGUAUGUCACAUAUAUUUCCUUUCACUACUUUUCCUUUUAACUGUUUAGUCCAUUUGGCAUGUAUAUAUGUAUUCUUUUUCCUUUUCUUUAUGUAUGAUCAGUGCUAUACCUUCCCUACUUGUACUACUAAUGGCUGUAGUACAUUUCUGUUGGCCCCCGAAAAGGAGCAUGAAGCCCCUUAACAGAACUACACUACAUAUGUAGUUUUCUUGUAUGCAGGUCCUUCUGGGCUGUAGCAGGAUGGUUUGCGAUAUAUAUAUAUAUAUAUAUAUAUAUAUAUAUAUAUAUAUAUAAUUUUCUUCAACCCUGUACCUGCCAGCUGCAGGGGUUGCUCUGGGACCAUGCAUUGCUAGGCAACAGGCAUUUCUGACUGAAUUUACUUUAACCUGGAAACAUAGAAUCUAAGUCGUAUACAUUGUUGGCAGGGAAACAUAUCUUGUAUAAAGGUACAUCCUGCAAUGUGAAUGAAUCAUUAAACAUAGCAUAUCCUUACCUGAAUUGGGCAGCAAUAUUACAAGGUCCAAUCUGAAUGAGCCAGCCAUUUGGGUCACCAAUCAACAAUUGGAUCAUAAUUGGAACAUAGGGAAACUUGCGGCAUCAAUGUGGCCCUCACUGCAUGGGAUUUUCUAACCUGCCUAUUAAAUAUCCAGAUUAUUUUUCAUACAGAUCUGGGUCAGGCAGGCUAUUAUGAAGGGUUCAUAGCUGGGCUGGAGAGGUGUAGUCAGCAGCUUUUAUCAGGCAGUGUAUGGCUACCUUUAGUUCCUGCAAAUAUACAGGCAAUAUAAUUCUCUGGAGGCAAAAGGGCUCAUAAGGCAUCAGUUCUGCCUGGGGGAACAGCUGCUCUGUACACCUUGUUCUGGAUAAAAAAAAAUCUGGUGCACCUAAAUUGCAAAUCUAUUAAUUAGUUUCUGGAGAAAAUCAUUAUUGGUGGUCUUUGUUUUUAUUCUAUAAAACCUGUAGCGUAGCCAGUGCGGUGACGGCUGGGAUUAGGCACUUUUGGGUGGUUCGGAUUUAUGGGUUUGUUUAUAUUUGCUAUGUAAAUAUUGUGUAUUAAAAGGUUUUAAUGUCUUGCAUGUCUCAGGAUUUGAGAAAUUAUUUUGUUUUUAUUUGGGGUAAGGUCUAUUAAACAUAUGCUUUUUAAA